AUAUUUUAUUUUAUUUUCAACAGCACCAGGGAAAAAGUGUGAACCUGGACAAUUCCAGUGUAAAAAUGGAGAGUGCAUAGAAAUGAAGCUGGUGUGCAACAAAGUUAGUGAAUGCUCUGAUGAUUCUGAUGAGCCACUUCACUGCAAUGUUGAUGAAUGUGCCAAGGUGGAACUGCAUCAAUGUGGACAUAAAUGUAUUAAUACCAUCAUAGGAUUUGAAUGUGCUUGUAACACAGGAUACAAGUUAAUGCCAGAUGGCAAAGCAUGUGAGGAUGUGAAUGAAUGCACAGAGGUCCCUGGUGUAUGUUCACAAAAGUGCUUCAACACUCCAGGCUCUUACAACUGCAAGUGUUGAAGAAACAUACUAUGAA